ACGCCGGGAUUCUCUCACAGGUUCCCAGAGGAACUGUGAGGUCUCAGAGUGUCCUGGCCGGGCGCUUUCUGCAGCUCGGGGCUAGACAUCACGACGGCUGCUUGAAAGCUUUCUGGUGUCCCCACUGCGAGCGCGGGCCUCUGGUCUGCACCGGAGCCGCAGGCGACUGGUGCGAUGGCGGCCCCUGCGCAACCCAAGAAAAUCGUGGCCCCCACGGUGUCCCAGAUCAAUGCGGAGUUCGUCACCCAGUUAGCAUGUAAAUACUGGGCUCCUCACAUCAAGAAGAAAUCACCUUUUGAUAUAAAAGUAAUUGAAGAGAUAUAUGAAAAGGAGAUCGUCAAAUCAAGGUUUGCCAUCAGGAAAAUAAUGCUGUUGGAAUUUAGUCAAUAUCUUGAAAAUUACCUCUGGAUGAAUUAUUCUCCAGAAGUUUCCAGCAAGGCCUAUUUAAUGUCCAUCUGCUGUAUGGUGAAUGAGAAGUUCAGAGAAAAUGUCCCAGCCUGGGAGACCUUUAAGAAGAAGCCAGACCACUUCCCGUUCUUUUUUAAGUGCAUCUUGAAAGCAGCAUUGGCUGAGACUGAUGGCGAGUUCUCCCUCCAUGAACAGACCGUCCUCCUGCUCUUCCUGGAUCAUUGCUUCAAUAGCUUGGAAGUAGACUUGAUAAGGAGUCAAGUACAGCAGCUUAUCUCCCUCCCUAUGUGGAUGGGCUUGCAGCCUGCACGAUUGGAAUUAGAAUUAAAAAAGACACCAAAGCUAAGAAAAUUCUGGAACUUGAUUAAAAAGAAUGAUGAAAAGAUGGACCCAGAAGCAAGAGAGCAGGCAUACCAAGAAAGAAGGUUUCUUUCCCAGCUCAUCCAGAAGUUUAUUUCCGUGCUGAAGUCCAUCCCACUUUCUGAGCCUGUCACUAUGGACAAAGUUCAUUACUGUGAAAGAUUCAUCGAACUUAUGAUUGAUCUAGAGGCUCUGCUCCCCACGAGGCGCUGGUUUAAUACCAUCCUGGAUGACUCCCACCUUUUGGUUCACUGUUACCUUUCCAGUCUUGUUCACAGAGAAGGGGAUGGCCAUCUGUUUUCCCAGCUUUUAGAGAUGCUGAAGUUCUAUACUGGCUUUGAAAUUAAUGACCAGACUGGAAAUGCUCUGACAGAGAAUGAGAUGACCACAAUUCACUAUGACAGAAUUACAUCUCUUCAGAGAGCUGCUUUUGCGCACUUCCCCGAACUCUAUGACUUCGCCCUUUCCAAUGUGGCAGAAGUAGAUGCCCGGGAUUCCUUGGUCAAGUUCUUUGGGCCUCUCAGUUCAAACACACUCCACCAGGUGGCAUCAUACCUCUGCCUCUUGCCAACGCUUCCUAAAAAUGAAGACACAACUUUUGAAAAAGAAUUUCUUCUAGAAUUGCUGGUGUCUCGCCAUGAACGCCGUAUCUCUCAGAUUCAGCAGCUGAAUCAGAUGCCUUUGUAUCCAACCGAGAAGAUUAUAUGGGAUGAAAACAUUGUCCCAACUGAGUACUAUUCUGGGGAAGGCUGUCUUGCUCUCCCCAAAUUGAAUUUGCAGUUUCUAACUCUACAUGACUACCUCCUGAGGAACUUUAAUCUCUUCCGCUUGGAAUCCACUUACGAAAUUAGACAAGACAUCGAGGACAGUGUCAGCAGAAUGAAGCCAUGGCAGUCUGAGUAUGGUGGUGUAGUAUUUGGUGGUUGGGCACGAAUGGCUCAGCCCAUUGUGGCUUUUACUGUCGUUGAGGUUGCCAAACCCAACAUUGGUGAAAACUGGCCGACCCGAGUCCGUGCAGAUGUCACCAUCAAUCUGAAUGUCAGAGAUCACAUCAAGGAUGAAUGGGAAGGUCUCCGCAAACACGACGUAUGCUUUUUAAUCACUGUGCGUCCCACAAAGCCCUAUGGUACUAAGUUUGACAGGAGGAGACCUUUUAUUGAGCAGGUUGGCUUGGUAUACGUCAGAGGCUGUGAAAUCCAGGGCAUGCUGGAUGACAAAGGGCGAGUCAUCGAAGAUGGACCUGAACCCAGACCCAAUCUUAGAGGUGAGUCAAGGACGUUUCGAGUGUUUUUGGAUCCCAACCAGUAUCAACAGGAUAUGACCAACACUAUACAAAAUGGAGCCGAAGAUGUGUAUGACACCUUCAAUGUCAUAAUGAGGAGGAAACCGAAAGAGAAUAACUUUAAGGCUGUGUUGGAGACUAUUCGGAAUCUGAUGAAUACCGACUGCGUGGUACCGGACUGGCUGCAUGACAUCAUUUUAGGUUAUGGGGACCCAAGUAGUGCCCAUUAUUCAAAAAUGCCCAAUCAGAUUGCUACCUUGGAUUUCAAUGAUACCUUUCUCUCCAUUGAACAUUUAAAAGCAAGCUUUCCUGGUCAUAAUGUCAAAGUGACUGUGAACGACCCAGCUCUACAAACACCCCCUUUCAGAAUAACCUUCCCUGUGAGAAGCGGAAAAGGGAAGAAAAGGAAAGACGCAGACGGGGAAGAAGAGGACACCGAAGAAGCAAAGACCUUAAUUGUAGAACCUCAUGUUAUUCCUAAUAGAGGCCCUUAUCCUUACAACCAGCCCAAACGAAAUACAAUACAGUUCACUCAUACACAGAUAGAGGCCAUCCGGGCUGGGAUGCAACCUGGAUUGACAAUGGUUGUGGGCCCACCUGGUACAGGAAAAACAGAUGUUGCGGUCCAGAUCAUAUCCAACAUUUACCACAAUUUUCCAGAACAGAGAACUUUAAUUGUCACUCAUUCUAAUCAGGCUCUGAACCAGCUGUUUGAGAAAAUCAUGGCUUUAGACAUAGAUGAGAGGCACCUCCUGCGUCUGGGUCAUGGAGAAGAAGAGCUGGAGACAGAGAAAGAUUUUAGCAGGUAUGGGAGAGUUAAUUAUGUCCUGGCUCGAAGAAUAGAACUUUUAGAAGAAGUCAAGCGAUUACAGAAGAGUCUGGGGGUUCCAGGGGAUGCCUCAUAUACCUGUGAAACUGCAGGCUAUUUCUUCCUGUACCAGGUAAUGUCACGUUGGGAAGAAUACAUAAGCAGAGUGAAAAACACAGGGAGCACCUCGCCAGACGCCGCAGAGGUCGCCACAUUCUUCCCAUUCCAUGAGUAUUUUGCCAAUGCUCCUCAACCCAUCUUUAAAGGGCGAUCUUAUGAAGAAGAUAUGGAAAUUGCUGAAGGGUGCUUCAGGCAUAUUAAGAAAAUCUUCACUCAGCUUGAAGAAUUCAGAGCCUCGGAACUGCUUCGCAGUGGACUGGAUAGAUCUAAAUACCUGUUGGUAAAAGAAGCCAAAAUCAUUGCUAUGACCUGUACUCAUGCUGCCUUGAAGCGACAUGAUUUGGUGAAGUUGGGUUUCAAGUAUGACAACAUUUUAAUGGAAGAGGCUGCUCAGAUUCUGGAGAUAGAAACCUUCAUACCUCUUCUUCUACAGAACCCUCAAGAUGGAUUCAGCCGAUUGAAACGAUGGAUUAUGAUCGGUGAUCACCACCAGUUACCUCCAGUCAUUAAGAACAUGGCCUUUCAGAAGUACUCAAAUAUGGAGCAGUCUCUUUUCACUCGCUUUGUGCGGGUUGGUGUCCCUACUGUGGACCUCGAUGCUCAAGGGAGAGCCAGGGCAAGCUUGUGUAACCUCUACAACUGGCGCUACAAGAACUUAGGCAACUUACCACAUGUGCAGCUUCUGCCAGAGUUCAGCACAGCCAAUGCUGGCCUGCUCUAUGACUUCCAGCUCAUCAAUGUGGAAGACUUCCAGGGAGUGGGAGAAUCGGAGCCUAACCCUUACUUCUAUCAGAACCUUGGAGAAGCAGAGUAUGUAGUGGCACUCUUCAUGUACAUGUGCUUGCUUGGUUACCCUGCAGACAAGAUCAGUAUUCUGACAACGUACAAUGGACAAAAGCACCUUAUUCGGGACAUCAUCAAUAGGCGAUGCGGGAAUAAUCCAUUGAUCGGAAGGCCAAACAAGGUGACAACUGUCGAUAGAUUCCAAGGUCAGCAGAACGAUUACAUCCUCCUUUCUCUAGUGCGGACCAGGGCUGUGGGCCAUCUGAGGGAUGUCCGUCGUUUGGUGGUAGCCAUGUCAAGAGCCAGACUUGGGCUGUAUAUCUUCGCUAGAGUGUCCCUCUUCCAAAAUUGUUUUGAACUGACUCCUGCUUUCAGCCAGCUCACUGCUCGCCCUCUGCAUUUGCAUAUCAUUCCAACAGAACCUUUCCCAACCUCCAGAAAGAAUGGAGAGAGACCACCUCAUGAAGUGCAGGUGAUAAAGAAUAUGCCCCAGAUGGCGAACUUUGUGUACAACAUGUACAUGCAUUUGAUACAGACGACCCAUCAUUAUCAUCAGACUUUCUUACAGCUACCACCUGCAAUGGUGGAAGAAGGUGAGGAAGUUCAGAAUCAAGAAACAGAAAUGGAAGCAGAAGAAGAAACCACAGCUGCUCAAGCUAACCUCAUACCCAGUCCAACAGAAGCCAGCUUGAGUCAGGAGACCCCAGCCUCUCAGCCUGAGUGCUCCAGUCAGACCGAGACAGCCUCCAGUGAGAUGGAAGACGUCUCUGCCCUGUGUGACACUGCUCCUGCCUCCGAGCCUGGGUCUGCAGCAGCAGAAGAAGAUGCUGCUACUGUCCCCGCAGAGACCAAAUAGCUAACGGAAGCCUUUCCUGGGACAUUCCAUUUAUAAACUAUUAUUUUCACACUCGCUAUAUGACUUUAAUGACACCAACUGAUGUUCUGUCCUUGUUUUUAUUAGCUGGUUUCCUUAUUUUGUAUAUUUUUAAAUUUGUAAAUAUAUAAACUCCAGGUUUGUUUGUUCAUUCAGACGAGAAUAAUUUUGAUUGCUGAAGGUAUCUGUAAUGAUGCCUGCAUUAAAAUAAUUUUCUAUAGAAUAUGUAAGGCGUACUUGCCCUUUUUCUCUUCAGGUUCUCCUGAGUGAGCUCCCUGUGCAGCUAAAGACGGCUAUGAACUCCCCAUCUUCUGCACCCACCUCCCUACUACUGGGGUUGCUUGCACUCUGCUAAACUUCUCUCAUGUCCUGCGUGGGAUCAAACCUGGGGCCUGUAGAUGCUAGACUGGCAUGCAUACUGCCAGCAAACCUCAGCCCAGCGCAUAACUCACACAUUUAGUAAGUGUCUCUAGAAAAAAGGCCACACAAUACUGGAGUAUUGUUCAGCAACCUGUGAACCGGGUCCCCGGUGGGUAGGCUGCGCACUGUCAGGCGCUCGAGCCUGGAGCCUUGCUCCCACUCUUCUUCCCGUAAGGACAUAAAUAGCCAUGGGGUAAAGGUCUUUGCAGUCUGUCAAAGAACAUGAACAAAUUUUCUUCCUUGGACCUGAAAAUGGUUUAGUCACCCAGGUGUGUGUGGCCCAUGGGCACCAUGCAGCCAAGGGCAACUAUUAUGCAGCCCAAUUCAAAAUCAGAAGCUUACUUAAAACUUUUCACGUGUUUUGCAGGUUUUUUUUUUAAUUGCAUAGUUCUUUUUAAGAUUUGCUUAUUUUCAUUUUGUGUGUACGUAGGUAUUUUGCUUGCAUGUAUAUCUAUGUACCACAUGCAUGGAAUUCAGAUGAAGAUAGCGGAUUCCCUGGGACUGGAGUUACAGGUGUGGUGCUGGAAAUUGAACCCCGGUCACCAGUACUCUUAACCCCUGAGCCAUCUCUCCAGCCCAAUUGUGUUGCUCUUAAGCAUGAACUCUGGUACAAUGUCAACAAGUUGGACAUGCCUGAUUGUCCAUUGGAGUCUUAUUUAUUGGUAGGGCCCACUUUAGACCCAAGUAAUUGGAACCUUGGACACGGGAUAGGUUCUCCACAACACUGUGGCACCGGAUAAGGCUGGAGCAACAGAACCAGGAUUUAUCGUUCAGUAGACCAAGACUGUCGGCAGGACCCAUGUCUGGGCAGUAGGAGUGAGAGAACUUAACUCCUGUGUGCAGUGCGGAAGCCGCCUACAGUGUGGAGGCCGCCUGCCGCGGCAGCUCUGUGUUUGUGCCCUUUUGAACUCUCUUGGUCAAAUGUGAGGAGGCCGAUGUCUUAGGACCUUGUUACAGAAGUGUGGUCUUCCAGCCAGCAGCAUUGGUGGUAUACUGAAGUUGCUAAGAGAUGUAGAAGUUCUCUGUUUACCAAAAUCUGUAUUCCAGCCAGGUCCCCUGGUAACCAUGCACUCUGUGGCUCGAGAAGCCUCUGCACAGAUCACUGCUGCCCUGGUGAGUGAGCCUGCUGCUGGAACUAACAGUGAAUGGAACUGAUGGUUUCUGACAAGUGACCUCUUCCGAUAAGGACCCUGGGCAUGGUGGCAGGAGCAGAAGGCAGCCUGCACUGUGGACGUGGGACGCAGGAAUUGACCAUUAGUUCUCUUUUCUCCACUUUGAUCUGCUAGAGUUGCCGAGGGAACAUUUACACAAGUCUCCCCUCUAGUGCCCAUAGAUUUGACCGUAUCCAAGGAACCUUUAAAGAAAGAACCAUACUGCGAUCCCUCUGAUCCUGAGAGUGCAAAGAAAUGAUUAACACAUAAAGAAGUAAAACCCAGAAAGUCAAGUCACUUACAUUUUAAGUGACAAAGUUUGUUCAGCUACCAGGCAGGAGCCACAUUCUCGGCUUAGGGUGUGCUAUUGCACCAUAACACUAGUGUAAGUCUCUGAGGAGAGGAUGAAGGGCUAGAAAGAAAUACCUAGCAAAAAACCCUGGCCUAUUUUCUCAGAGUAAGGAUCAAGCCAGAUAGCCGGUUACAUAAUUUCUCUGAUACAAGACUUUGAAAACAGGUGCCGCGGGCCUGUGUAUGGGGAACAGCACUCAUGGAAUUAUUUUCAUUUUGAAUAGACACUAGCAGACUGUGCGGGAAGGAAAGCAGCUUUGCUGUAUUAUGGUGUUUCCUGGAAAAGAUGUUUCCCUCCACCUGUUAGUAGGUAUGAAUUAAAUACUAGAAACCAAAACAAGCCCAACUGGGCAUGUAUCACUGUCUGCCUAGAUGACUGUAGUUUGUUUGUUUGUUUUUCUACUGGCUCUUUCUGUCACAGUAAAACUAAAUCAUGGUGGA